AUGGUCGUCAACUCGGAGAGAAUAGCACAAGAGCUACUAGAUAAACGUUCCCGCAACUACUCUGACAGGAUAGACAUGUCAUAUUUGAUCGAACAGUAUGGUUUUGGCUUCAUCACCACCUUCCUACAUCACAACAACUCAUGGCGGGAUCAUCGGCGUGUUCUACACCAGACGUUGCGCACGGGAGCUAUCUCUGCUUACUGGCCAACGCUGGUCCGUCGUGCAUCCACCCUGCUACAAAGCUUGCAUACUUCGCGCGAGCCGUGGUGGGAGCACAUUGAAAUGUACGCAGCCGCCAUUGUCCUGGGGACUGUGUAUGACCAUGAGCUUCCUGUAAAGCCAGAGGACGACCCGACGUACCGUGCUAUGGUUGAGGGAACCGAUCUGAUAUUCUUCAUUGGUUCCCUAGGAAUGACUGCACUCAUUAAUGCGAUCCCACUCGUGAGGUAUACGCCGAAAUGGUUUGCAGGCGGGCGCUGGGUUAACGCCGCACAUUGUCUCCAAUCUAUGGGUACCAUGAUCGACACGCCGUAUAACAUACUGCAGAACAGAAUUGUAGCAGGAGAAGCGGGAGCAUGCGUAAUGACUGAAGCGUUAGCAAUAUUCCAAGGCACGACCAAAUUGGACGAUGCUGAACAUGUCAUCAAAGACGCUUGUAGUACAGCGUAUGCUGCUGGAAAAGAUACGACUGGUUCCACCCUGCUUGUAUUCAUCCUUGCCAUGGUCCUCCAUCCACACGUCCAAAAGACCGCACAAGAAGAACUUGACAUGGUUGUGGGAACCGGCCGCCUCCCUACUUUCAACGAUACUCCGGCAUUGCCUUACCUUGAAGCUGUGUUACGGGAAACGUUGCGAUGGAGGCCUGUUGUACCCAUCGGGGUACCACAUACUGCGACGAACGAAGACAUCUACGAAGGUUACAGAGUACCUAAGGGUACUGCCAUAAUACCUAACGUGUGGGCCAUAUCCCGCGACCCGGAAAAGUAUCCCUCUCCAGAUGACUUCAAGCCCGAGCGGUUCCUUGACGCUGACGGCAAGCUCACUAACGAUACGUGCGAGUUUGUGUUUGGCUUUGGACGCCGGAUCUGCCCCGGGAGACACUUUGCGCACGCGGCGGUGUGGAUUGCCAUGGCACAGAUCCUUGCCACAUUUACGAUAGAAAAGGCAAAAGAUUCUUCAGGACACCCAGUUGAACCGGCUCCCGAAUGGGGAACAGGCAUAACGACGUAUCCUAAACCGUUCCCAUGCAACUUUGUGCCUAGGCAGACGUAAAGAUUGGUACAGUAAAGCAUCUGUUAUGACACGCUUUU